AUGAUGCAGCUCCUAGACAUCUGCGCGAAAUUCUACCGCUCCAAGAAGUCGUCUCCUGCUUUUGAGCCACUGGCCGUCCACGUUGACACGGACUUGUCGCAUUCCGCUGACCAGAAAGACGGCCCUGCGCAACGACUGCUCUCCAAGUACCGGGAGCGGUUUCCCAACAUCUCCUUCGAGUGCGUGCAUCUGAGCAAAAUCUGCACCGUCAAGACACUUGACUGGUCGGCGCUGGGAUGUCCAGACAUGGGCGAGCCCGGGGGGGACCACGUUGUGCGAUUGCAAAAGUUUUUCGACUCGCUGCCGUCCGUGACUUCCAAGGCGGAUAUCCUGCGGCUCUUGAUACGCCAUAUUCUUCUGGAUUUGGCUCUGGAGAGGUCGUACUCGGCCCUGCUCCUGGGACAUAGCACAUCGGCUCUUGCGGCGCUUACUUUCGCAGAGGUGGCAAACGGGCGCGGAUUUGCCGUUCCUUGGCAGAUAAACGACGGUCCGCUUGCCGUCUGUACGUAUGAUGCCCGGCCUGGCUCUGCCGGGAUGAAGGAGGUGUCGCAGGCGCACAUGCCGGUGUACUAUCCGUUGAGGGAGCUGUUCAAGAAUGAAAUCAAGACAUAUCUCGAUCUCGUGCCUUCUUUGAAGGAACUCAUUUCCGAGGACAGCUCAACAGCGAGCAAUGUCGUGUCACAUAAAGACUUGAGCAUUGCAGAAGUCAUGGAACGGUACUUUGACGCCGUGGAGGGUCCUCAGUCGGGUAUUGUGGCCAACGUCGUGCGGACCACGGGGAAGCUGGACAGAGCCGCGAGCGGACACUUUUGUCUCAUGUGUGGCAUGACGUUGGACAAGCAAGGUGAUUCACGGUGGGCUGGUGAGCUUGGUGACGAUGCGGAUACGCAUGACGCCGCUUCUCGGGCUGCGAGUUUGUGCUAUGGAUGCAAAAGAUCCAUCAAUGGAUGA